AUGGUCAACAACGAGGAAGUCUGCCCGGUCGUGGGCACCACCAACACCUUCUUGCCUCCCAAACACCCCGAGUUUGAUAUGAACCAGGCCGGUCUAGUCUGCCCAGUCACCAAAGCAUCCACAGACCACCACCACAAUCUUCACAAACAUCCUGGCAUCUUCGACAAUACCUCGGAUCUCUCCAACGCUGAACAGUGCCCAGCCCUUACCAAGAUUGUUAGCCGACCUGAACAACAGGCCAUGGACGAAGCGAUUUGCCCAGUUGUUGGGACUGUUUCCAGCGUUCUUCCCCCGAACCACCCAUCGACCGAGAAUGCAAAGGACGGCGACGUUUGCCCUGUAACCAAUGCUCAAUUGAUUCAUCAUAAGGGUAAAGUGCAUGCUCACCCAAGUGUGGCAGACGCAGCGCAGGGAGCAAGAUGUCCAGUUGUUGGCGCAGCCGCCUGA